UGGCAGACACCAGAGCUGCUGAAUCGCAAUUUUCUGCUUCUCCAUCUCUGUCUCACUCUAUUUCGUGCUUCCGUUCUGUCGCAAUCCUCAUAUAUAUGCACAGUGUAUGUGUGUUUUUUAUUUCACGCAUUUGGUAGGAAUUGGGGAUUUUUGUUGCUUUAUCAUCGCUUUUAUGAAAGAUAUUUUACUUUCUCAGCCCCUAUUUUGUUUUUAAUCGGGAAUCGGAGCCUCAAAAAUUCGGCUGUGGGGCUCUUUUCCCGGGAUUAUCAUAAAAGCUGUGUCGCGAAACUUUCCUUUAUUGAGCUUCAAUUUUUGAGAAAUUUCAAUCGAUUUCGUUCAGAUUUCCCGUUCUUCUUCAUGCUACGUGAUGUUUCAAAGUCAAAACUCUAGCUAGACUAUGCUUUUCCAUUUCUCUUUGGCGGUGAUUUGCUAGCUCCCUGCUCCUGUUAAGCUAUAGCCUAUUUAGGUUCUAGCUAGCUCCGAGUCGACUCGCCCUAACUCGGCCGACUCAUUGCGAUCAUAGAAAAAAUGAAUCGCGAAUCGUUAUCGAAAUUGUUUGCCGUCACAUCGUUGCUUCUAAUCAUUUGUAUUUUCACCACAGAGAAGAAGAAUAGCUCAAACUCAACCAUAAUGAAUGGCGAAAACACGAUUAUAUCUCCGAUCACUCAUCGCAAGCUGCUGAAUACUGGAGAGGAGAGAGAAAAUGGCGUGGAGCCAAACAGGAUAUGGAGCGACAAAUGCUCGAAAUCGGACAUAAUGAUAAUCCAAGGCGCGACGCCGCCGCUGCCGAACGGGAUUCCGACGUACACGGUGGAGAUCAGCAACACCUGCGUCUCCGGUUGCGACAUCUCCGCCAUCCACGUCAGCUGCGGCUGGUUCAGCUCCGCCCGCCUCGUCAACCCGCACAUCUUCAAACGGCUCCGUUUCGACGACUGCUUACUUAACGACGGGAAGCCGCUCCGUAACGGCAGAACCCUCUCUUUUCAGUACGCCAACACCUUCCGUUACGCCCUCUCCGUCUCCUCCGUUAGCUGCUGAUAUAUAUUGAGAAACUGGGUUUUUUUUGGUGAGAAUUGUAAAUGGGAUUUUGUUUAGUUCAAGAAGGAUUAGUUUUUUUUUGAGAUAUUGAGGAUUUUUAGCUGAUUUUGUGAGAGGUGACAGUUGGGGACUAAUUUCCUGUUUUUUGGAUGUAAAUGGAAUAUCUAAAGAAUACUGCACAAAAGUUGUACCUCCUCUUUGUUUUUAUUUAUUGAGAGAUCAUACUUU